AUGAGCGGCCGGAAGAGCAGAGGCAAAUCGAGAGCUGGCGCCGCAGACGAUGCCCACGCCUCCGGGCUCACCUCGUCCACGACGUCGCGCGAGCAGGCGCCGACUCGCAAGCGUGCGCGCGACAGUGACCAGGAGGAUGGGCAGAAGGACAGUGACACCGGUGCGACCUUAGCGGACGGCCUCGCACGCCGUCAGCGUGAGUUUGUAGAGCUGCGAAGCAAGGCGACGGAAGGGCCCACGUGGGCAGCAGAGGUGCUCCUGGCUCCGGAUACCUCGUCUACAGCUGCGGCGGGUGAGGAUGAGCCGAAGAAUUCCGCUAUGGGCGAGAAGACGCCGCAGCAUCGGAGGAGCCGCCAGCAAGCCGAGAGGCGUGCCGCUGACGGCGGCGACACCAAUGACGACGACGAGGCCGAACAAGAGCGUCUGGCCCUGUCGCGGCAGCAAGCGCUGGGGGAAGUGAGCGACAUGGACUUCCUGGCCAGACUCGCGGGCCCCCUGACGCACAGCGCGGUGGAUGCGAAAGAAACGGCGCGGCGAGAAGAUGGCGCGGACGACGUCGCCUCCACGCGCGACAGUGAUGUCGACGGGGACAUCCCUGCUACGGCUAUGAAUGCCGCUAACUCGACGAAUCUAGGGAAGAAAGGUGUUGACCAUGACCCUGCGGCCAUGACGCAGGAGGCGCAGGAAGAGAUCGCGCGUGCGUCCCACCGCAUUCGCCUUGCCAACAUCCCGUACAUCGCCACCGAAGAGCACCUGAAGCAGUUUGCCGCCUCCCUCGUGGGACCCGUGGAGUCGGUGCACAUCCCCCUCACCAAAGACACGCGGCAGAACAAAGGCGCUGCCUUCAUGCGCUUUUCAUCGGGCGAGGAUGCGGUGCGAGCGCUUCAGUUGUGCCGCGGUGCCAUCCUCAUGGGUCGCCUGCUCCGCGUCAGCGCCGCCGAAGAGGACCCCCACAGCAAGCGUGUGAUGGAGCGAGAAGCUGCGCUCGCCUCGACGGCAGCCGCUCAAGCAGCCAAUGGUGCACUGAACGGGGCGACUCUUGCUGGAUCCUCCCAGUUCAAGAAGCAGCGCGAGGCGGAUCGCCGCGGCAAGGAGGGCGGAGGCGGGCAAGUGACGUGGAACACAAUGUACAUGAACAGCCACGCGGCCGUGGAGACGGUGGCGCAGCGGCUUGGCGUGCGGUCGGAGGAUGUCGUCGGCGUCGGUGCCAAGGGUGCCGCCGUGCGCGCGGCCAUCGCAGAGGCGUAUCUGACGAGCGAGGUGCAGCAAGUGCUGAGCGACGAAGGGAUUGCCUUUGAUCUCCUAGAGGGUGCCACGCAGAACUUUCUGAAGUCGCGGUCGAACACGACCAUUCUCGUGAAGAACCUCCAGCUAAAGGAUGGCAACGAUGCAGCGGAGCUCACAAAGUUAUUUGUGCGCUUCGGUGUGCUAGAGACGUCGGCCUUCCCGUCUGCAGGGACGUUUGCGCUGUUCCGCUACACGCAUCCGCAAGACGCGCGCAUCGCCUUCACGCGGCUCUCCUACAAGCUUUUCAAGACAGCGCCGCUGUUCCUCGAGUGGGCACCGGUCGGGGCGUUGAUGGAAGACGGCGAGGGCGGCAGCGCUUCAGCUGUAGCUGCCUCAGACCUAGGGCUGGUGGGUGGCCCAUCCGCUGACAACGAUCCGGACGCCGACACCGGUGACUCUGCUGCCGCCGUGGUCGCCAAGGCGAUGGUGUACACGCUGUUUCUCACCAACAUCCCCUUUCAAACCACCGAGGAUGAGCUGCACGCCUUCCUAUUGGAUGCAUGCCCGCGACUGGCCCGCGCGCCAGAGACACUCAUCAAGCGCCUCGUCCUCCAGCAGGAGCAAGGCCGAGCCUUCCUCACCGUGGCGGACCAGAGCACCCUGGCCUACUGUGUGGCGAAGCUCAACGGCAAGACCCUGGCGGGUCGCACUCUGUCGUGCGUCGUCAGCAAGCACACCGCUCAGCUGCAGCAGCAGGCACGUGUGGCAGACACCACCGCGGCACCACAGGGCACCACGAGACGGUUCGCUGGAGCUGACGCGGACGGUGGAAAUCACGAUGAGUUCGACCCCACAAAGACCGCCGUCAUCGCUCGCCGUCGCGCCGGUGGCGUAAGUCCAGACAACGGCGGAAGUGGCGCCAUCUCGAAUUCUGCGUCGGUAUCAAAGGUGCCGCCCGGCAGCGACCCGCAGAAGCUCAUCGUCAAGAACCUCCCUUUUGAGGCGACCGAGAAGGACGUACGCGAGCUCUUCUCCGCCUUCAGCGAGAUCCGUACCGUGCGUGUGCCGCGCAAGAGCCACGCCUUCUCCUCCCACCGCGAGAACAACCAUCGGGGUUUUGCCUUCGUCGAGUUCCUCUCCGAGGCCGAGGCGGCACGCGCGCUGGAGACGCUCAAAGCAACGCACCUGUACGGUCGGCAUCUGGUGCUGCAGUACGCAAAGCUGGACGGGUAG